UUUUCCCGGUCAUGUCAACGCCGGCGAGGACCAAGAGCUGGAAUGGCGGCGUGGAUAAGCAUUACCCACCGGCGCUGGCCUCCCAUGAUGAAGUUAUUUCUGACCCCAUUGUGUUUUGGGACACUUUGAGGCGUUUUCAUUUUGUGAUGAACACCAAGUUCAUGAUUCCUGUGAUCGGAGGGAAGGAGCUAGACUUGCAUGUUUUGUAUUCAGAGGUUACAAGGAGGGGCGGCCAUGAAAAGGUUGUUGCAGAGAAGAAAUGGAGGGAAGUUGGAGGUAUAUUUAAGUUUUCUCCUACGACCACAAGUGCUUCGUUUGUAUUGAGAAAACACUAUCUAAGUCUUCUGUACCAUUAUGAGCAAGUUUACUUGUUCGGCCGGCAGGGCCCCAUCUGUGCCCCUCAAGCGCCAUUAUCUUUUGGUAGCCCUACGAGGGACAGCGAAUUGGCUAUGGUGGAAUAUACUCCCAAGACAACGUCGUUUUCGCCUGCGGAAGUUACUGGAACAAUUGAUGGGAAAUUCGACUGUGGUUACCUAGUGACUGUGAAAUUGGGGUCCGAGGUUCUUAGAGGAGUACUUUACCAUCCAGAUCAGCCAGUCCCGUCUAAUCUACGGCCUCAGUCUACAAAUGCCAUUAUACCUUACACUGGUGGCAGACAGAGACACGCUGGUCGACGACACCGGAGACGCCGGAGAAAGGCAGACCCUAACCACCCAAAACCGAACAGAAGUGGGUACAAUUUCUUCUUUGCAGAGAAGCAUUACAAGCUCAAAUCUCUGUACCCAAACAGAGAGAGGGAGUUCACCAAGAUGAUUGGAGAGUCUUGGAACAAACUAAGUCCUGAAGAAAGGAUGGUUUAUCAAAACAUUGGGCUGAAAGACAAGGAAAGAUACAAGAGAGAGUUGAAAGAGUACAAGGAGAAGAUGAGGCAGGCAACUGCUGAUAUUCAGGCGACUAAAUAUUCAAAACAUGGAGAGUAACAAAGAAGGAAGAGAAUUCAGCAGUUUAGGUUCUUAUAUCCAAGUGCUUGGCCUCAAACUGCUGCUACACACUACAAUGUCAAUUGGAAUUCUCAUACUAUGCUCUGCUUAAACCAUUUACAUUGACAAAUAUCAAGAAUGUUAGAACUUUCAGCUUUAAAGUGCCAGAGAAAUGUGCCCUUUUAGUUUUUGUUUCAGUGGUCAUGAUGAAGCCAACCAAAUGAGGCUGAGAGAGAGAGGCUUCUUCUGUGUCAUGUGCUACAAUAUUCGAAUAUUAACAAUCAUGGUUUAAAAUAAGUAAACAAAGGCACAGAAGCAAAUGAGUGAAUGUAAGAAACAGUUAUCAUAUAUUUCACAUGAACGUUAGAAUUUUCGUCAACAAGAGUCGUGUAAUGAUUAUUAGAAUAUCUCUUCAAGUGAGAAAGCCACUUCUGCAAUCGGAUUAGGUCAAGAGCCUUUCACUUCAAACCUUGCAGCCUCUCUUAAGAGAGGGGGAGGUGUCAUUCCACUUUGCUAAAUCUGAAUUUGCCCUUUUGGUGGGCGUGUGAGUGCCUACUUCACAAUUUCAAUCCUAUGUUUCUUUGUUUAUCAAAAUGCUGAUUACUACGUAAUCUUAAGAUUGUUGAACUGAGUCCAAGUUAUAGAAUUUGGGUUUCGUAGUCUAAAAACAAAAUGAAUUUGCUAAUCAUGUAGACAUUUGGCAUAUCAUCACAUAAAUAGAACACAAGCUAAAUUUCCUACAAGUCAUUCGCUCAAAUCAAGUGACAAAAAUUGUUAAGCGAACUCUACCUUACUGAGUUUGUGUUAGGAAACAUCCACCAAAGCGUGUAUUCAUUCGCGUUUGUUGAGGCCGUGAAAGACACGGCGUUUUCUCCUAGAAUGCCUCAUUGGAAUUCUUUGAAAUGCACCUGCAACAAGCUGUUGUUUCAGUCUAUCAUUUGGACCGAAUUUUCAGGUUGGAUAAAGCUUCUAAUACUUAGAAAUUAUUUAUACUGGAAAAACAAAAAUUAGAUCAUAGA